AUGAAGAGUGACGAAUUGGCGAAUGCGAGUCCAUCGAAGGAGAAUCUUCUACUUCCGCAAACAACUACGCCGCCAGUCAGGGAUGAUUUUUCAGUGUGAGUUUUUUCGAGCGGAGCGAGUGUAGACCGCAAGCUUGCGCGCAGCGCCGGAAUCUUCCGCGCAGCGGCGGGCUAUUGUGUAACCUUCACUAAUUUUGGAAGUAUUUUGACACCAAACGUGACAUAGCCCGAAAAUUUGAGCCCAGGCCCGGGCCGAGUCAUGUUUGGUGUCAAAUUGCUCAAGACUACAUUAAAUCUGUAAAUUUCCUGUACUUCCAGCGGAACUCCUCUACCAAAUACACCAUUAGCCGAUCCAGUCGGCGGAAAAGAUCAUUCUCUACUCGACAUCGAAUCAAUAAAAGCCGAAAAAAAGGCGACGAAAUCGAAACAAAUGGAAGCCGAGAGAAAAAAGCGACAACUCAGCAAAGAACUUCAAUUGGAUCAAUAA